CAGCCGUUUCUGCCUCUCAGGGGCCCCGCAGGAGGGCAGCGCCAGCAGCCCACUGCGAGCUGCACACUGCUAGCGUUGAGCCCGGGUCAGCCACUCGGGGUGGAGCCAAAGGCCAAGAGGUCACCCCGGGGAAGGCGGGUCCGGGCGGGCCCGGCAUGCUGGCCCUUGGCGACGGGGCGCACCUGCGGCUGCGGGCCCUCGAGGGCGGCGGGCGCGGCGGCGGGGGCCUGGCGCACGGCCCGAGCUGGAGCGAAGGCUCCGCGGGCACGAGGAGCCCCAGCGAGUCCUCCUUCGACGCCGCCUCCGAGGACGACGACCGCCCGCGCCCCACCGGGGAGGUCCCGAGGGAGCCCCGCGGGCCGGGGUGGUGCGGCAGCCCGCCGCAGGCGCCGCAGCCGUGGGCCCUGCGGCGCAGCGACACUGCCGAGCUCACGCAGGAGGUGCCGGCCUUGCUGGACAGGAUGAACGAGGCGUCGAGCCGGGUCAACCGCCUGGAGAGGGAGGCGGGCGCCUCGGAGGCGCGCUACAAGAGGCGAGUCGUGCGCUACGAGGAGAUCUACAGGGGGAUGCGCGCCGAGUUCGGCGGCGUCUUCGACAGGUGCAAGCCGCUGUGCGCGGCCCCCCUGGGGCACCAGGCUCUGAGAGCGCAGCUGGGCGACUCCACCGUCGAGGAGCUGGUCAGAUGCUACCAGACCCUCGACCGCCACCACGACGCCUUGGCCCAGGAGCACAAGCUGAUGGAGAGGCUGUCCCAGAAGCUCCGCGACGCCAAGCGAGUGUAUGCGUCGACGAUGUGUGAGCUCGAGGGGAUCAGCAACAUGGUGCACGAGGUGCGACAGAAGCGCUGAACCACCCUCGACCAGGCGCAGGACAAGACCCUCCUUGAUAGAGGGCUCUUGUCUCGAUGCGACCCUGCAGCUGCGGAUUCCCAGUCAAUGCUUUGGCAUUCUGGCUCCGCUUUCAAGUAGCGCAAAAAGGCGUGCUUGCGUGCGGGCAGUGCAGAUAAGCUCGCCUUCCCUCCGAAGCACCACGAAAGAGUGAGUGCAAGCGUCCUUCCCAUGUCCUACAACCCGCGUCCAUCAAGAGACGCCUGCGUGCAUUUUGCAUUUGAGGGCACCCGACCGUCGAUGGUGGAAGUGGCGAUGAUCAGGGAAGGGCGGGGGUGCACAGAGAUUGCGUCAGGUGAGGAAAUGAUGGGGUCGCCUCCCAGUCUGAUGCUCAGAGCGCCAACGUGCGUCACCAGUGCGCUGUGCCCAACGCGGUACGCCCUAGGCUCCGGCAAGGACAUAUUUUUUGACGACAGGCCGUCUGGACACCUGUUUGUGGGAGUUCGAGUGAAUGGGAUGUGGGAUGUCCGCCCUCUGCCGUGCUGGGAAUCGAUGGAUUCUGGUGCGAGACUUCCCUGCGGUCAGAUGCGAUCCGAUCUUGAGCCGAAUGUCGGGGCAGUCCGACGUGUCCAGGAGUUCUGCCCAUCAGCUGUGUCAUCGCAGCGUAUUGCCUCGGCUUCUGACCUCAGCUCGGACCAGCCGUCUCUAUGGGAUGCCAGCGAAGCUCAAGACUCUGCGGUCCAACAUGGAUGGGCUCGACGGGCGGUGUUGCGUGAGAACGGG